AUGGACUUGUCGCCCCACCCCCUGCUGCCAGUGCAGGAGCUCCUUUCCGCCGAAGAGGAACUGUCGAUCAUAGCAACACGGGACUCCUUCUGUCUGGGUAAUCUGCCGGCAGGCAAGGCCGGGCGGAUUGCGACGUCGGAUCUAUCAGACGACGGCUGCAUGCGCAUCGCAUUGCGGAUCCAGCGCGAACAACAGAGCGAUUCGAUAGAGGGGACCCAAGAGGGACUUUCUUUCUCCACUGUCAGACCCUUUGCAGAGAGGUCGAGGCCGCUGGAACGAUGGAAAGAGCUGGCUGCCCUUUCGACCGGCUUCUACUACCUUCUCGAGCACGCAUACGACAAUGUCGUCCUCUUGCGAACGGCACAUUGUCAACUCAGAGCCUCGUCGCUCGAGCGGUGGACCAACAGUGUUCGCAGCGUGGCCAAAGCUCAUGCUACCGACGUGAGCUCGUCCAUCAUUAGGACGCUCCUCACCGGCGUCUCCAACGAAGCCAUGUUCAACCUUCUCACGGGCAGCGUCUCGGGCGACGAUGGUGACAUGCACCGUCUGACGGCCUCGGCUGUGCGAGAGAUUGACACCGAGCAGAGCACCGCCUUUCGUUUCAUGGCAAGGCAGGCACGUCUCGUUGCAGAGGCCUGUCAGAGGUGUCUCGUCCUCUCGAGGGACCUCAAAGGUCUUCUUCUCUGGCCGAGUCAAAGUCCACUGAAAGGCGCCGAAGCGAAGCAAGAAUUUGAAGAACUGACAGCGUCGCUGUCGCGAAUUGUCAUGGGUGCGCGUUCCUUGGCCGAUGAGAUUGACGAGGAGGCAAGGUCCUGGCGGGAGCUGCACAAAUGGUGGAAGUACGAGCGAGCGAGACAAGAGGCGAUCAAGGCUGGCGUUGACGAGGCCUCGGUUUCCGUUCAGUAUGAGGUCCUUUCCAUCUCCAAUCUCGUCGAGAGGGGCUUUCUCAAUCUGCAAUGGGAGCAAAGCUUGGGGCUGGAGCUUGACGAAGCCCUCGUACGUGUCGAUGACGAAGACGAGGAUUUGGACGAGGAAAAGGUCCCCGUCUCUCGACCACAACCUCGGACAAAGGUCAAAGACAAGGACGACAAUAUGGCAUGGACGCAGCCCGAAACGAAGGAUUUGCCAUCCUUUGAGAGCAAGCUGCAAGCGGCUAUGGAACAUCUCGAUCAGCCGGUCGGACAGCCUCAAGCAAGCAGAAAGGAAAGGCAGCCGGUGAAGAGACAUGGUCUAUUCAUCUCGUCCUCACUGCCACAGGAGCUGGCACAGGCUUUCACAAAGGUCUCAAAGCUCUUUUCUCGAGGCUUUAGGGAGGCUGUCUCCACUGAUGCGAGCGUUCACCAUAUUGGUGAUCUGCCAAUACCCGAUACGCACAUCCUGUGCUCGCUUCGAAAGGAUGAGCUCUUUUCCUCGUGUGUCGAGCAGCAAUCAUCCUUGACAACCCCCGCACAAGCCUCGGUCUCGUCGUCUCACAGCACUUCUCUCUUGCCCCAAGUCCGCUCUCAGAUCAGCAAAGACGGCAGCAAAUUUCGCAUCGCCUUUGUCACGCGCGUUCCGUCCAGCAAGGACACUUCGCUCAUCCUUAAUCUCGUCGAGGUACCACGUUCACCAUCCGGAUCCAUUCAGUCGAGGCAGAUACCAGCGAAUUCGCUCUUGGCUACCACAGAGGGAAGGGUAGGGGCCCUAGAUGACGUCAUCGAUCUGCAGUGGUACAACGAUGACGAGCUCUUUCUCCUCUGCCGUGGGCGUGUCGAUGGCUCUUCGACAACGACAAUGCUGCUCUCGAUUCGCCCAUCAAAAGCAUUCUCGCAGCAUCAGACAGAGACGAGAACAAUGGCAGAAAGCGCUUUGCUUCACCGUCGGUAUGUGUUGUCGGAUCCAAUGGCAAGUCGUGCGACGCAGGUCGCCUUCAACUCGGAAAAGGACGUAGCAGCCACACUCGACGAGAGGGGACAACUUCUUUAUUGGGACCUGGUCAGUUGA